AUGGAGACCUUGGACAUAGCGCAAGGGAACAACUCGGAGAAUAGUCACGUGACAAGUAUGGCCUGGUCGUUCACCAGACAACCCAUCGUGACGGAAGUACCCUUCAACUACCUGGCAGAUGAUGCUGCCCUCUUGCGGUACACCGAGUUUCGGGUGGCUCUGUGGAUUGACUACAUCUACGUCCCUAUCUGCGCAAGCUUUGGCAUUGCGGGUAAUCUCUUGUCUAUGCGCGUUCUCUUGCCUUCACGGAUGUCCGAGUCAUCGACUUGCGUCUACAUGGCCGCCAUGUCAGCAAGCGACAUCAUCAUACAGAUCUGCAACAUUCUGUUUUUGGUCAGGAAGUUCGAAGGUCACGAGGUCCUGACGACUGGUUCCUGCGGACUGAUAUACUUCCUCUUCUUCUUUUCCAUCCAUUCCAACGUCAUCGUGAUGGUCGUCAUGACAGCAGAGCGCUACCUGGCUAUCAGCCACCCGCUCCAGGCCGGCCAGUGGUUUUCAAAGAGAAAGGCGCAACUGGCAGUGGUGGUGACGUGGGUACUGGUCCUCAUGAUUGACCUGCACCACCUGAUCAUUCGAAGAAUGGACUGGAACGAUGCCUUACAGAUGGAGGUGUGUGUACCUGUCGGGGCCACAAGCAAGUACUUUACAGAGAAGAUCUGGCCGUGGCUGGACGGAGCCUUGUAUUGUUACAUUCCUUUCUUCAGCGUGUUGAUCUUCAACAUACUCAUCGUCCAUCAAAUGAAUGUCUCCAACAAGUUCCGCGAAAGCAACAUCAGAGGAGGCAGGACGGAGACUGCGGAUAAGCAAGUAAAGCCAACCACCGACAUAUUUUAUGAACAAUUUUUUAAUCUGAUACAUUUAUACAGAUACGGUGUGAAUGCGUGAUAUCUCGAUGCA